AUGUGUCUACCUCACAGCAAAUUUGCAGUGUGGGCACAUCGGUGUGCCGAUCGAUGUGCCAGGAUCGAUCUCGCCGCGGCUUACAACCACCCAACAGUUUCACGGCGACGCGACGCGACCCGAGCGCAGUGCUGCGGCUCGCACGAUGCGUGGGGUUGCCAUGGCGGGGCGAGCGGCUCGGGACGUGAUAGCGUGGCAUGGAGCAUCGGAUUCAAACCGUUUAGCCAUGCGUUAAAGCCGUCGUCGAUAACUGGAGCUUGCAUCCCCUCCGCCGCCAGCCGCCGCGUUUGCCCCCUCGCGUCCCUCCCGUAUCCGCUCCGCCGUCCCUCUGUCUGCGCGUCCGCCUCGUCGUCCGACCAACCGUCUAGCAGCAACGCGGGGGAAGACGACUCUUCGCCUACCAGCGACUCCCCUUCUCCUAGCGACCCUUCCUCUUCCUCUCCCUCCUCAUCUUCCUCCUCUUCCUCCUCCUCCUCAGCGUCGCCUUCCCCCGCGCCUUCCUCCCCCGACGACUCCGCCGCUCCCCUUCUCUCCGCCACGGACUGGCGCACCUUCCGCGCGCGCCUGGUCGCGUCCGAGCGCGCGGAGGUACGCGUGCGGCCGGGGGACGGCGGGGUGAGCCUGGGGGAGAGCCUGGGGGAGGGCGCGCUGGUGGUGGAGGGGGUGGAGGUGGGGGAAACGUGGGCGCACGCGCUGCUUGCCCCAGAGAAAGGCUGCCUGCUGGUCGCGUCCGAGCUGUUACACGGUUACAAAUUCUUUGAACGCUCGGUCAUUCUGCUGCUCUCUGUAGGGACUAGUAUUGAGGACGGUCCGUAUGGCAUCGCCCUGAACAAACCCUACCGAAGCAGAGUGCAGGAGGUGGACGGGAUGGACCCGAGCCUGUCGAGCACGUUCGGGCCGUGCCGCGUGCACCUUGGCGGGCCAAUCGGGUGGCGGAGCGUGCUGCUGGUGCAUGGAAUUCCCGGGUUGGGCGGACACACGGAAAUUGCCCCUGGGGCCUUUGUAGGAGGGGGGUUGCAGGGGCUACAGACGGCGCUUAGAGCGGUGAAGACCGGUAAAGCUGCAGCGGAGGAUUUUCAGUUUGUGGUUGGGUAUUCUGGGUGGGGAGGGGAGCAGCUGAUGCGAGAGGUGGAGCAAGGGUGGUGGUAUGUUGCGGCUUGUAGCAGUGAUUUGCUGCUGAAGGCGGCUGGGCGGGCAGGGGGAGGGGAUAAGAUUGCAGGGGAGGAGGGUAGAGGGGGAGUGGGGGAGGGGAGGGGAUGGGAUCUGUGGCAAGAGGUGUUGACUCUUAUGGGGGGUGAUUAUGCGGAAGUGGGGAGGAGAUACAGGGAUUGA